AUGGCCCGCUAUGUCGUCGUUUGUCUGCUCCUUCUCCUCGCUACGUCUGCGGUUGUGAGCGCAGGAAACGACAAACCAGCGAAUGCGGCGAGCGACAAGGCCGCUGCUGACAAGGCCGCCGCUGAUAAGGCCGCUGCUGACAAGGCCGCAGCUGACAAGGCCGCUGCUGACAAGGCGGCUGCUGACAAGGCCGCUGCUGACAAGGCCGCUGCUGACAAGGCGGCUGCUGACAAGGCCGCUGCUGACAAGGCGGCUGCGGAGAAGGCGGCAGCUGAGAAGGCGGCAGCUGACAAGGCGGCUAAGGAUGCUGCUGACAAGGCCGCCAAGGAUGCUGCUGACAAGGCCGCCAAGGAUGCUGCUGACAAGGCCGCCAAGGAUGCUGCUGACAAGGUCGCGAAGGACGCUGCUGACAAGGCCGCGAAGGACGCUGCUGACAAGGCCGCGAAGGACGCUGCUGACAAGGCCGCGAAGGACGCUGCUGACAAGGCCGCGAAGGACGCUGCUGACAAGGCCGCGAAGGACGCUGCUGACAAGGCCGCGAAGGACGCUGCUGACAAGGCCGCCAAGGACGCUGCUGACAAGGCCGCCAAGGACGCUGCUGACAAGGCCGCCAAGGACGCUGCUGACAAGGCGGCCAAGGACGCUGCUGACAAGGCGGCUAAGGACGCUGCUGACAAGGCGGCUAAGGACGCUGCUGACAAGGCGGCUAAGGACGCUGCUGACAAGGCGGCUAAGGACGCUGCUGACAAGGCCGCAAAGGACGCUGCUCAGCAGCAGCCUAAGAAUGGGGGUGGGCUUGGUGGGGGAGGGGAGAAGUGGAAAGGGGGUAAGGAUGGCCAGCCGAAGGGGGGGAAAGGGGGCUUCAAGGGGAAGUGCUAUGUGUGUGGACAAAUAGGGCAUGUUGCUAAGUACUGUCAGCAGCGGGCGGAUAAGGAGGCAGACACCGGUGGAGAGGGUUCUGGAGGUAGCAGCGGAAAGGGGGGUGAUGGCUCUAAGGGGAGCGGGCAGUCAUCAUGUGCGAUGGGGGGGAUGGAGGUGCCACCGUCUGUGGAGAUCACCGACGGGCAGCGCCUUGAGACUGAGCAGCUGCAGGACGAGAGCAGUAUGGAUGGAGUACAGCAGAGUGGGGGGCAGGAGACAGGGGAGCAGCAGACAGGGGAGCAGCAGAUUGGGGAGCAGCAGACAGGGGAGCAGGAGAUGUGGGGAAUUAGAGAUGGUGGUCGUGUGUUGGUUUCUGGGACGACCACUGCACCACUGCGUCGCUCCACUCGCAUCACUCGUGGUGUCCCGCCUGCCGCAAAGGACGCUGCUGACAAGGCCGCAAAGGACGCUGCUGACAAGGCCGCCAAUGACGCUGCUGACAGGGCCGCUGCUGAGAAGGCCGCUGCUGACAAGGAGGCUGCUGACAAGGCCGCUAAGGAGGCUGCUGACAAGGCGGCUGCUGAGAAGGAGGCUGCUGACAAGGCGGCUGCUGAAAAGGCGAGACCGGUAAAGAGAGGGGCGCUGUGCGUGGAUGGCUGCGACUACGAGAAGGGCUCCUUCGACUACUGGAAGCCGGAGAAGGACAACGCCCCGUGGUGCGCGGCGGGCGCGGUGAACGCCAAGGACUGCUGCGCGGCAUGCAAGGCCGGCGCCACCGCCGCCAAUGGAAAGGCCUAUACCUGCCGCUUCUGGGUGCACAUCCCCGAGGGCAAGUGCAAUGGCAAGGAGUGCGGCAAGUGCCUUCUCUUGUCAGACCUCACUUCCCUCCUGCCCACCAAGAGCGACAAGAACGGCUGCGGCGGAAAGAAGGUUCGCAUCGGCAAGAACUGCCCCGCCGCGCAGAAUGACCCGCACUUCCUGGGCGCGCACAACACGCGGUUCGACUUCAACAGGCUGCCCGAGAAGAACUUCUGCCUGUACACGGACCGCGCGGUGCACGUGAACAUGGGCAUGCGCGGGUACCUCGACUCGCGCUCCACGCUCAACUCUCACGCCCUCGUCGUCAACGGCUCCGCCGUGCGCACCUGGAUCCGCCAGCUGGCAGUCAUGUGGACCGACGACCGCGCUACUCACUCCCUGCUGCUGACGGCGCGCGACGGCAAGGAGCAGCUCCGCGGCGACUCCGGCUUCCUGGCUUCCGUCGAGCUCGACGGCACGCCUCGUUCCGGCAUCAAGGGGCUCCUGGAGUUGGACCUGAAGCUGCGCCCCGCGCACCCUCUGCUGCAGACACCUGACGACGCGCAGGUUCAUAUUAAUGUGAUGUUUACUGAUGCGAGUGUGAGCAGCAGCGUGCAUGGUGUGAUGGGGCAGACGUACCGCAGCGGCAGGGAGGCGCGCACGGUGGAGUUCUCUAGGCUCGCUGCCAUGCUGCACCACCCCGUGUCCGCCGAUGGCGCGGAGGGCAAGGGCUUCCUGGACGGGCAGGUGAAGGACUAUGAGACCAGCGCCGUCACCGCCACCGAUUGCCGCUACUCUGCCUUCAACGGUCAACAGCUGCCCGUUUCCGCAUACUAG